AGGAAACUGGGACGGCUGCCUGAAGAUACGGGCUGUCUGAUCUCAUUCGAAAGCCGGAGGAAAAUUUGAUUUUUCCUUGUCCGCCGUGUGUGCGCUCCCCGGUUGCGAACCGUUCUUAGGCGAACGGAUGUGUGUGCGUGUGUGUGUGUGUUUGUGGGAAAUUUUCUUAGAUUUCGUAUGCUGUCGGCCGUAGUAUCAUCCUACCGCUGAUUCUACCGUCGCCGAUCAGUGUGCUACAGGGAGCGUUUGUGGUGUGAUACGGCUACCGGCAAUCCGGUGACAGCGGUGUUGAACCGUUCUAAAUUGAGCUGCUGCUUAGAGGCAAUGCUUUAAGGCCGUUUGGUUCUUUCAGAUCUUUCUCAGCCGGAUAUGCGUUGUCGUCUUCUAUAGAGAGUUUUCCCAGCUAAGUGUUCUGAUCGUUUGUCUGUCGAACGAAGUGCGAAGCGUUGCCGGUUACUGUCGGUAAUUGAAGCAGAGCUGGAAAACCUAACCUGGAAUAAGAAGGAAGCAAAUUGAUUUUUAAAACAGCACUCAGAAUAGCAAUAGUGUUUGACGUGGGUGAAAGAAACAAAAAAGCAAGUGCGAAACGAACGACGAACGAAAGUCUGCUCGGUAACUUGAGCGCAACGUGGGAAAGUGGACGGAGGGCAGGCAGAUAGGGGGUGGCUGGUGUGACUGGCCGUUGCUACCAACACCAUCGAGGACGCUCAACAAGACAUUUUGACGAACAAAGUAAAUUCAAAAAAAUAAGCGUCAUUAACUGCAAAAAUAGAUCGCCAUCACCAAAAUAUUCAUAAUGAUGGAAUACGCUUCCAAUUCUUUCCUGAGCGGAUGAACACCAUCUUCCAAUCGAAAACGUCUAUCAACGAUAGCAAAUUCACGCUUCCGGCCAAAUUCAAUCAACGCUACAAUUUCUCGAAGCUGUUUGUUCCCUAAAUCAAAAUCCGGGCACUGGUCCCGGGUUUGUGAAGAGAAACGGUGGAAACUUCCGGUCCAGUACCCGGUAAUACGUGUCCGGGAAAAUCGAUGCCAAGAUGGCGCUCGUUAUGCUUCCGUGUGAUCUUCCCUGGUGGUCGAACGUGCAAAAGAAGCUGUCACAGAUCGAGGAAUCCAGCACCUUAGACGUAGUGUUAGACGUGAUGCAAAAGCUACAUGAACUGUGCAAUGUCAGCCUGGACCCGGAUGAGGACGGAAAGGACACGUCGGUGUUCGAGGGAUUACGGCACUUUGUCGAGCGUACGAUGGACGCCACCGAACGCGAUCACUUCCUAGCGCACACGAUCAAGGCACUCGCGCGGCACGCCCGUAACCUCAAGCAGUAUCGACCACCGCGUGGUCUCAGCUUUAGCCUUCAGCAGCAGGCGGACAGCUACGAGCUGAGCUACCGGCUGGUGGCGUCCCUGCUGGCCAAUGCGUUCUUUUCGACAUUUCCAAAACGUACUGAAAAAACUCACCCCACGUUACAAGACUUUAACUUUACACACUUUUUUAGAGGUUUAGUAGAUAAUGCGGUGCAGAGGGAAAAGUUUCGCAGCUUCCUGUACUACUUCGAUUGGCUGGAGCGAAGCGGGACGACACUCGAGGGCAACCUGCGGAUAUCACGCAAGGUCAUGACGGGGAAGCAGUGGCUCACGAUCGAAGACUGGCUAGAGUGUGAGCUACCACUGUGCGACGUUGAGAUACGGCACGAGGGUAAACUGGACAAAGCGGAUCCGGAAAUGCUUCAAACCGUGUUCGCAAGUGCACGACUCGGUGGUGAUGUCCUAGCCUCGGGAGACUCUCAGGAAUCGAUUCAAUUCUGUACCUUUCCCGAACUGCUCGCCGUGCUGCUGUACGUGGAAGCGCUCGAGGACAAUGAAUCGCUACAGGUGGAGAACGUACAUCACGUAGCCCGGAUCGUCGAUCCACGCCAGAAGGGUCCAGUGUUGGAGCGAAUUGCGGAACCAAAAAAGACGAGCCUUUGCUGUAUCGAUGCGGAAAACUAUCGAGCGCUUCCAUCACAACAGUUCGAGGAGGAUGAUAUUCUGCGGGAGUUGAACAAGUGCCUGUUGGCGUUUCGCCAAAACACAACCUGCCCGAUGGUGUUGGGUGAAUCGGGUCCCGGUACGGGCAAGACAUCCGGUGACAAACGUGCCGGAGCGGCAGGCUUGAAGUUGGACCAGCUGGAAACGGUAUCGAGCAAGGGUCGGUUAUCGCCGAUCGGUGAGCGUGAUCGGGAAGGAUCCACACCGGGAUCGCCCGAUGUCUAUACGACGAUUUUUAUCCGACAGGCAACACCCAACUCCAAACGUUCCAGCAGUGACUCGAACAAACUAGAAAAGGACAUUAACAAACGGCGAUCGUGGCUGUCACCGGAACGACCCUCCGCACCUUCGGUAUGCUCCGGAUCUAGUUCCAAUCGUCGGGGGAAGUUUAUCAUUCUCGGAUCGUCGGGUGAGUGUUUGCCGGUGAAUCGACAUCCGCUACGCAUCCCGGACGGUUAUCAGCCAUUGACGAGGCCCGAAACGCUUUCGAGCUGUGGUUCGAGUCAGGAUGAGUUUCACAGCGCCAAGGAAAGCUUCGACGAGGACGAUGAGGAUGGCUUGAGAGCGUACACAUCGGUGCUGGACACACCCGAACGAAGGUGCGCCUUUGCUCAGAAGUUGCGGGAAGCAUUGGAGCAAGAUCGAACAAACGGACUGUCGGGAAGUACGGAGGAUAGCAGCUAUGCGGUAGGGAUCAGUGUUGCAGGUUCCGAAAUUCAUGAUAAGGAUAUUCGUGUGAGACGUGGUGGUUCGUGUGGCUUCGUGCUGGACGGUUCCAUUGACAGCAACUACGAUGAGACGGACUUUAAAGAGCAGCAACAAGAAAAGACAACCGUUGGAGGACCUCAGCAGAAUGGUACGCUGGAGCGCAAGGGUACGAACGAGUCGUCGAAGUAUAGCUUUGAUUCGGACCUAGGCUCCGAACUGGAGGAGGUGUACGAGAAGUUUGCCAAAUGGCUCGAAGAACCAAUCAGUACGGACAAACCCAAGAAGUUGGACGCACGCGACGAAGCCGUACUAAAGUUUGCCAAUUCACUGCUCAAGCGCACACUCAGCGAAAGCUUUGUCGGAAUUCCAUUUACCGAAGAGUGCCUGGCGAGUGGGAACGGAUCUGUGACCAACUCGACCGGGUCGCGAAAUGCUUCCGGCAGCGGUGAUCGAGGAUCGCUCAGUCAGAAGGAAAAGAUACUGCUCCACGUACGAUCGCUUUCGCUGGAACUGGCAAAGCAUAAGCACAAACUGGCGGCACAGCUGCGUCGGGACUAUCUUGCACUGGAACCGGCCAAACUAUUCAAAUGUCCCAACAUACAGCUCACGCGUACCGAUCACCGGAAGUUGCUGCACAAGCUACGCUCGACCCAGAGCGGUUCGGGAUGUUCGGUGGCGGAACUGGCAGUCACGGUACCGGGGAAGAUCCCGCAAAAGCCGUUGCUGGAGCGUCAAUCGUCGUUGAAAACGAAGUUGCUACAGUACAAACCGAACUGGUCCGUGUCCUACACGCAGGAUAUCAAGUGUGACGAUGUGGUACUGAAGAUCUCACAGCUUGCUCAAAAACGGACUUUAAAUGUGAAUCUGCGGCCCGUUGCAACCGGGAACUGGGGCUGUGGCAGCAAUCGUCGCGGAGACGUGCAGCUCAAGAUGGUGAUUCAGUGGAUGGCGGCUAGCGUAGCCGGGUUGCCCUAUCUAAGCUAUUACACUGCGGGAAACGAGAAACUUUCAAAGCUUGAUACAAUCUGCCGGGUGCUGAAGGAUCGCAAGUGGACCGUCGGUGAACUGGCGGCCGCCACACUCAGCCACGCACGGGACAUAUUGGAAGACCCGUUCUACUACAACAACGAUCGCAACUACUGCAUGUUCUUCGAGAAACUGAUCGGAUUGGAGAAGGUCCAUUGAGUCACUCACAUGGCACGAAUGAAUAAAAAGACACCUAACGUUAGAAAGUUUCUAGACCAAAACUCCGGGACAGUGGAACUUUAGAAGCAAUAAAAGAAGAUAAUUUUGAUAAUAAAGUAAAGGGAUGAAAUGAGAAGGUGUGCGUAAACAGUAAAA